AUGAAAAGUCUGCGUACAGGUGCGCACCAAGACCUUUGGUAUCCAUUCAAACCGAUGCGUGUUGCAUCGGAUGCCGAGUACACUUUGUAUGCAUUGGCGCCCCUAGGCCAAGCUGAGGAAGGCCAAGGAUAUCUGCCCUUUGUGUCCUCUUCGGUAUUAGAUAAAUUGGUGCGAAGGGACCACGCAGGAUCAACUAUCCAGGCCCUCGCGGGAAAUCGUCGAGCCUAA